UUCCGGAGUCUGCGCUGCGCCCGGUUCCGCCAUUGCGGCUCUCCCGGACCCUGGAGCCUCCGCCCCCGACCCGAGCUCUCGUCUGUCUGCCAGUUUCCUGCGUCCCCGGAGAGUAUCUUGCUGAGCCCAGCCUACCCCCUCCCCUUUCUCCUCCUCUCCCUUGGAGAGUCCGGGCAGCCACUGCCCCGCAGCCCCAGUGACAGGAGGAGACCAUACCCCCGACAGCGCCAUGGCCCAGAUUCUGCCAAUUCGUUUUCAGGAGCAUCUCCAGCUCCAGAACCUGGGUAUAAACCCAGCAAACAUUGGCUUUAGUACCCUGACUAUGGAGUCAGACAAAUUCAUCUGCAUUAGAGAGAAAGUAGGAGAGCAAGCUCAAGUGGUAAUCAUUGAUAUGAAUGACCCAAGUAAUCCAAUUCGAAGACCAAUUUCAGCAGACAGCGCCAUCAUGAAUCCAGCUAGCAAAGUAAUUGCAUUGAAAGCUGGGAAAACUCUUCAGAUAUUUAACAUUGAAAUGAAAAGUAAAAUGAAGGCCCAUACCAUGACUGAUGAUGUUACCUUCUGGAAAUGGAUCUCUUUGAAUACGGUUGCUCUUGUUACGGAUAAUGCAGUUUAUCAUUGGAGUAUGGAAGGAGAGUCUCAGCCAGUGAAAAUGUUUGAUCGCCAUUCUAGCCUUGCAGGUUGCCAGAUUAUCAAUUAUCGUACAGAUGCAAAGCAAAAGUGGUUACUUCUGACUGGCAUAUCUGCACAGCAAAAUCGUGUGGUGGGAGCUAUGCAGUUGUAUUCUGUAGAUAGGAAAGUGUCUCAGCCCAUUGAAGGACAUGCAGCUAGCUUCGCACAAUUUAAGAUGGAAGGAAAUGCAGAAGAAUCAACGUUAUUUUGUUUUGCAGUACGGGGUCAAGCUGGAGGGAAGUUACAUAUCAUUGAAGUUGGCACCCCACCUACAGGGAACCAGCCCUUUCCAAAGAAGGCUGUGGAUGUUUUCUUUCCUCCAGAAGCACAAAAUGACUUUCCUGUUGCAAUGCAGAUCAGUGAAAAGCAUGAUGUCGUAUUCUUGAUUACUAAGUAUGGUUAUAUCCACCUGUAUGACCUUGAGACUGGUACCUGCAUCUACAUGAAUAGAAUCAGUGGAGAAACAAUCUUUGUUACUGCACCUCAUGAAGCCACAGCUGGAAUAAUUGGAGUAAACAGAAAGGGCCAAGUUCUAUCAGUAUGUGUGGAAGAAGAAAACAUAAUUCCUUAUAUCACCAAUGUCCUACAAAAUCCUGAUUUGGCUCUGAGAAUGGCUGUACGUAACAACUUAGCUGGUGCUGAAGAACUCUUUGCCCGGAAAUUUAAUGCUCUUUUUGCCCAGGGAAAUUACUCAGAGGCAGCAAAGGUGGCUGCUAAUGCACCCAAGGGAAUCCUCCGUACCCCAGACACUAUCCGUCGAUUCCAGAGUGUCCCAGCCCAGCCAGGUCAAACUUCUCCUCUACUUCAAUAUUUUGGCAUACUUUUGGACCAAGGCCAGCUAAACAAAUAUGAAUCCUUAGAACUGUGUAGGCCUGUACUUCAGCAAGGACGGAAACAGCUUUUGGAGAAAUGGUUAAAAGAAGAUAAGCUGGAAUGUUCUGAAGAACUAGGUGACCUUGUGAAAUCUGUGGACCCUACAUUGGCACUUAGUGUGUACCUAAGGGCUAAUGUCCCAAAUAAAGUCAUUCAGUGCUUUGCAGAAACUGGUCAAGUUCAGAAGAUUGUUUUGUAUGCUAAAAAAGUUGGAUACACUCCAGACUGGAUCUUUCUGCUGAGAAAUGUCAUGCGUAUCAGUCCAGAUCAGGGACAGCAGUUUGCUCAAAUGUUAGUUCAGGAUGAAGAACCUCUUGCUGAUAUCACACAGAUUGUGGAUGUCUUUAUGGAGUACAAUCUAAUUCAGCAGUGUACUGCAUUCUUGCUUGAUGCCCUGAAGAAUAAUCGCCCAUCUGAAGGUCCUUUACAGACUAGGUUGCUUGAGAUGAACCUUAUGCACGCACCUCAGGUUGCAGAUGCUAUUCUAGGGAAUCAGAUGUUCACGCAUUAUGACCGGGCUCAUAUUGCUCAGCUGUGUGAAAAGGCUGGCCUACUGCAACGUGCAUUAGAACACUUCACUGAUUUAUAUGAUAUUAAACGUGCAGUUGUUCACACCCAUCUUCUUAACCCUGAGUGGUUAGUGAAUUACUUUGGAUCCUUAUCAGUAGAAGACUCCCUAGAAUGCCUCAGGGCCAUGCUCUCUGCCAAUAUUCGCCAAAAUCUGCAAAUCUGUGUUCAAGUGGCUUCUAAGUAUCAUGAACAACUAUCAACUCAGUCUCUGAUUGAACUGUUUGAGUCUUUCAAAAGUUUUGAAGGUCUCUUUUAUUUUCUGGGAUCCAUUGUUAACUUUAGUCAGGACCCAGAUGUGCACUUUAAAUAUAUUCAGGCAGCUUGCAAGACUGGGCAGAUCAAAGAAGUAGAAAGAAUCUGCCGAGAAAGCAACUGCUAUGAUCCUGAACGAGUCAAGAAUUUUCUCAAGGAAGCGAAGCUAACAGAUCAAUUACCACUCAUCAUUGUGUGUGAUCGAUUUGACUUUGUCCAUGAUUUGGUGCUGUACUUAUAUAGAAAUAAUCUUCAAAAGUAUAUAGAGAUAUAUGUACAAAAGGUGAAUCCAAGUCGACUUCCUGUGGUUAUUGGAGGAUUACUUGAUGUUGAUUGCUCUGAAGAUGUCAUUAAAAACUUAAUUCUUGUUGUAAGAGGUCAAUUUUCUACUGAUGAGCUUGUUGCUGAGGUUGAAAAAAGAAACAGGUUGAAACUGCUUCUGCCUUGGCUAGAGGCCAGGAUUCAUGAGGGCUGUGAGGAGCCUGCUACUCACAAUGCGUUAGCCAAAAUCUACAUAGACAGUAAUAACAACCCAGAGAGAUUUCUUCGUGAAAAUCCUUAUUAUGACAGUCGUGUUGUUGGAAAAUAUUGUGAGAAGAGAGAUCCACAUCUGGCCUGUGUUGCUUAUGAGCGUGGCCAGUGUGACCUGGAACUUAUUAAUGUUUGCAAUGAGAAUUCCCUCUUCAAAAGUCUUUCCCGCUAUCUGGUACGCCGGAAGGAUCCAGAAUUGUGGGGCAGUGUGCUGCUGGAAAGCAAUCCUUAUAGGAGACCUCUAAUUGACCAGGUUGUGCAGACAGCCUUGUCUGAGACUCAGGACCCUGAAGAAGUGUCAGUAACUGUCAAGGCUUUUAUGACUGCAGACCUUCCUAAUGAACUUAUUGAACUGCUGGAGAAAAUUGUUCUUGAUAACUCCGUAUUCAGUGAACACAGGAAUCUGCAAAACCUCCUAAUCCUCACUGCAAUCAAGGCUGAUCGUACCCGUGUUAUGGAGUAUAUUAACCGCCUGGAUAAUUAUGAUGCUCCAGAUAUUGCCAAUAUCGCCAUCAGCAAUGAGCUCUUUGAAGAAGCAUUUGCCAUUUUCCGGAAAUUUGAUGUCAAUACUUCAGCAGUGCAGGUUUUAAUUGAACAUAUUGGAAACUUGGAUCGGGCAUAUGAAUUUGCUGAACGCUGCAAUGAACCUGCUGUCUGGAGUCAGCUUGCAAAAGCCCAGUUGCAGAAAGGAAUGGUGAAAGAAGCCAUUGACUCUUACAUCAAAGCAGAUGAUCCUUCAUCCUACAUGGAAGUUGUUCAGGCUGCCAAUACUAGUGGAAACUGGGAAGAACUGGUAAAGUACUUGCAGAUGGCCCGUAAGAAGGCUCGUGAGUCCUAUGUGGAGACAGAAUUGAUAUUCGCACUGGCUAAAACAAACCGCCUUGCAGAGUUAGAAGAGUUCAUCAAUGGGCCAAAUAAUGCUCAUAUCCAACAAGUUGGUGACCGUUGUUAUGAUGAAAAAAUGUAUGAUGCUGCUAAGUUGUUAUACAAUAAUGUUUCCAAUUUUGGACGCUUGGCAUCUACCCUGGUUCACCUGGGUGAAUAUCAGGCAGCUGUUGAUGGAGCUAGGAAAGCAAACAGUACCCGAACAUGGAAAGAGGUCUGUUUUGCCUGUGUAGAUGGGAAAGAAUUCCGUCUUGCUCAGAUGUGUGGGCUCCAUAUUGUAGUACAUGCAGAUGAAUUAGAGGAACUUAUUAACUACUAUCAGGAUCGUGGAUAUUUUGAAGAACUGAUAACGAUGUUGGAAGCAGCUCUGGGACUUGAGCGAGCUCAUAUGGGGAUGUUCACUGAAUUAGCCAUUCUAUAUUCUAAAUUUAAGCCACAGAAAAUGAGGGAGCACUUGGAGCUGUUCUGGUCCAGAGUGAAUAUACCUAAGGUGCUAAGAGCUGCAGAACAAGCUCAUCUUUGGGCAGAGUUGGUGUUUUUGUAUGACAAGUAUGAAGAAUAUGAUAAUGCCAUAAUUACCAUGAUGAAUCAUCCCACUGAUGCAUGGAAAGAAGGGCAGUUCAAAGAUAUCAUUACCAAGGUUGCCAAUGUGGAAUUAUACUACAGAGCAAUACAGUUUUACUUAGAAUUCAAGCCUCUGUUGUUAAAUGAUUUGCUGAUGGUGCUGUCUCCACGGUUGGAUCAUACUCGUGCAGUCAAUUAUUUCAGCAAGGUUAAACAGCUACCACUGGUGAAACCAUAUUUGCGUUCAGUUCAGAACCACAACAAUAAAUCUGUGAAUGAAUCACUGAACAACCUCUUUAUUACAGAAGAAGAUUAUCAGGCUCUGCGAACAUCAAUAGACGCUUACGACAACUUUGACAAUAUCUCACUUGCUCAGCGUUUGGAAAAACAUGAACUCAUUGAGUUCAGAAGAAUUGCUGCUUAUCUCUUCAAAGGCAACAAUCGCUGGAAACAGAGUGUAGAGCUGUGCAAGAAAGAUAGCCUGUACAAGGAUGCAAUGCAGUAUGCCUCUGAAUCUAAAGAUACUGAGUUGGCUGAAGAACUCCUACAGUGGUUUUUGCAGGAAGAAAAAAGAGAGUGCUUUGGAGCUUGUCUCUUUACCUGUUAUGAUCUUUUAAGGCCAGAUGUUGUCCUGGAAACUGCCUGGAGGCACAAUAUCAUGGAUUUUGCCAUGCCCUAUUUCAUCCAGGUCAUGAAGGAAUAUUUGACAAAGGUUGAUGCAAUAAAGGAAAAGGUGGAUAAAUUAGAUGCUUCAGAAUCACUGAGAAAAGAAGAAGAACAAGCUACAGAGACGCAACCUAUUGUUUAUGGUCAGCCCCAGUUGAUGCUGACAGCAGGACCCAGUGUUGCAGUCCCUCCCCAGGCACCUUUUGGCUAUGGUUAUACUGCACCACCCUAUGGGCAGCCACAGCCUGGCUUUGGGUACAGCAUGUGAAACGGAAAGCUGAUCCUGUAGUCGCCUAUUUUCGUACUGAAACAUCGUCUCUACCCACUUCUCAGUUUAUAACAGAGGAAAACAGGCACAUGUUCUUGUAACCUUUAUUUCAUGAAGGACUGCGUUUUAUUUCUAACUAUAAACUUGGAUCACCUAUGUUAAAAGCUUAUUUCACAUUCCGCAUCAUUUUAGAAUUUAUUUUCAAAGGGGAAUAGUUUCAAUGUUUUAUUCAUCUGGGCUUUUUUUCUUCCCUUUUGUUCUUUGAAGAACUGCCUAAUAUUCAAUCUGUUGUGAAGAACCUGAUUUGCACUCUGUAGUGUUUAAAGAAAAACUCUAAUAUUGAAGCUCUUAAAUUUAGUGUAUGUAAACAGCUUACAAUAUGUAUUGUCUAAAUGCAUUUAAAUCUCUUUUAUUCAAAGAAAAGCUAAAGCAAAAAUAUUGGUAUGUGACCAUGCGAGACUGUCAAUGCAACAAAGACAACACUAAUCAUAAUCAGCACAUCCUACACUGGACUACAGUGCUCUCCAAAGUAUUGGGAAAAUGCAUUACAGACAACUUGCCUGACUUUUCAAUGAGCAUAAGAGGCCCUCUAACCUAUGCAGGUUUCCUGAUUACGCAUAUAGAAAAUGCUAGUGUGUUUUUGCUCACUCCAUAUGUAACAGGUGCCCUUAUGUUGUGCUGUAUCCUGUGCUUUUUCUGUGGGACCAUUCCAUUCAAGAACAAAGAGCACCAUGAUUCCAAUCUGUGUGUAUUUACUAACCCUUCCCUGAGGUUUGUGUAUGUUGGAUAUUGUGGUGUUUUAGAUCACUGAGUGUACAGAAGAGAGAAUUCAAACAAAAUAUUGCUGUUCUUCAGUUUUGUUUGUGGAAUUUGAAAAUACUCAAAUUUAAAAUAAAUUACUGGACUGUGGAAAUAA